UUCCGAUUAACUAGCAAUAAAAAAUAAUAUUUAUUAUUUUGGGAAAAAAAGGAAUUUUUUGUUUCGAUAAAUUUUUGUUGAUUCAACUUUUGAUAAAUAGUAUAAGAAAGGAUACAAAAUACACUAAAACAAAGAGUAUAGCGCCUGUAUCUAAGAGUGAAAAAGCAAAUAAAAGCGGCUCCGAAAGAAAACUCAUGGUUUGUUGUGACUUUGAACGUGUAAUUAGUUUGGUAGCAACUCAUAACAAGUGUAAUGUCAAGGAUAAAGUGUUUACAAAAAUAAUAUUCACAGAAAAAUGUUUCGAGACGGUCCAAAAAUUGUUAUUGAAGAUAAUGAAGCACCAUCAGCUCCAUUUGUUCCUUAUAUUUGGAUGGAAGAUUUGUUGGAAAAGCUGAAAAUAUUAAAUUAUGAGAAUGAAUUUGUUCAGGAGUUAAAAAUGAAACCUAUUAACAGACAUUAUUUUGCAAUUCCUACAAACCCUGGGGAGCAAUUUUAUUUGUUUUCAUCUAUGGCUGCUUGGUUAAUAAGAAAAGCUGGAAAAACGUUUGAUCCACCUCAGGAAUCUGAUGACCCUAAUGUUACAAUAUCAUUAAUUAUAGAUCGUUUAAAAGAAUUCGGAGUUCCGGUGGAAUUCUCUCCUAAUAAAUUGAAGCAAGGUGCUGGAGAACGAGCUGUCUUUGUGUUAGAUAAUUUAGCAGACCAAGCUCUCAAAGCUUCCAAAUUUAAAUGGAAAAAAGUAGAAAUCCCUCCAGAUGAGCCAGAACAAGAGCCAGAAAUAGAUGAUGAUGAUGCAGAGUUGAUUUUAGAGAAGGUUGAAGAAGAAAUGAUGGCAGACUGUGAUGAAGAAGAUGAUGAUAUUUUACAUAUUGAUGAUAUUACUAAACUUUAUGGAAAAACUAUGGAAGAUGUCCAGAAGCCUGAUAACUUUCUGGAAUCUCAAACUGAUGCUGAAGAAUGGAAGUUGGAGUUAGAAAGAGUAUUACCCCAACUAAAAGUCACUAUAAAAACAGAUCCUAGGGACUGGAGGGCUCACUUAGAGCAAAUGAAACAAUUUAAAGCCAAUAUUGCAACUGGUUUAAAUGGAACAAAAAAUCAAUUAGAAAAACUACAUACUGAUAUCGAAAAUACAUUAGAGAAAGUGAAGAUGCGAGAAAUGUACCUGAAUAAUCAAUUAGAACCUGCAUUAAAUGAAUUUAGAAAUAUCCAAGAAGAGUUAUCAAAAAUAAAGGAACAUUACCGAGAUGUCAGUGGAGGCGUUACUGAACGGACACGGACAUUAAAUAAAUUGUCCGAAGAACUGGAGCAAGUGAAGAAAGAAAUGGAUGAAAGAGGAUCCAGUAUGACUGAUGGAACUCCCCUUGUUAACAUCAAGAAGACGAUCAAUAAACUGAAAACGGAAAUUUCCGAAAUGAACGUUCGAAUUGGGGUCCUAGAGUACAGUUUAAUGUGUACGAGACUCAGGGACAGUAACCAAAUGCAGGAAGAUAUGAUGAACAGUUCAACUAAUUUAUUAGUAUUACAAUAAAUGUUAGUCUUUAUAUUUAAUUAAAUGAUUGAAACUCAACCGUCCAUUUAAAAAUAAUGAUAAUAUAUAGUAUUUAAUAUAAUAUUUAAUAUAAGUAUUUAUUGUAAUAAUAAACUACGCUA